GUCUGAAAAUAUCGGAGCAUGUAUUAAAAGCGAUUUUCUAGAGAAACGAACCGAACGACCAACCGUACACCGUCAGAAAUCAACGCGUAUACGCGAUAAUUGCACCUGUGAUUCUCUCAAAUUGGAAGGAGCAAUAAACUCUACACGAGGCGAGUGAUAUAUUCCCCUACCUACCUGAUGAAAUCACUUCGAAAUUGGCGGGAUAAGGUGAGAAAAAUAAUAUUAUCCAGACAGUUGACUCAAGUCGGUGAUCGGAGUGGGAUAAGUGUUGAUUCAAUUUUAAUGACUUUAGGCAACAAUUUCGCGAAAGAAUUUAAAUUCUUUUCGAUUUAACGUGAUUGCAAACGCAUCGAAUCUUAGAAAUUUUCAACGUCCAGCCAUAUUUUCGUUCUAUUUUAUAAACAUUCACUUUACAAAAACAUAUUCAAAAAUAAUGAUUAUUUGCUAAUUAGUCGAUAAAUUAUCAUAAUGUUUCCAUGGCUAUCUGCCAUUUUAAUGACACGAACUAAUCGAGUUUACGAUUAAUGUUACAUGACCACGCGUGUCACGUGUUAGUUAGGUAGUUCGCCGCUCGAUCAUGAAUCGUCAUGUAUGACGUCAUUGAAAAGAACCAAAUAAAUCCCAUUCGACUCGCACAAGCGUACGCACGAGAAUACCAAUUGUUGAGAAAUUUCUUCGAAAACGAUCGAAACCGUCCGAUUUACAUCCGACCAAUUGCAUUUUGCAUCGCGUGGGAUACUGUAAAAUGGAAAUGAAUGCAUCCUCUCGGCCGUUUGGAUCGAUCGCGUGAUAUUCGAUGUACGGUGAAUUCGAUAUCCUUCUGUAUCGCGUUCGUCUUUCCAUGGAAAAAAGAAAAAAAAGAUUUCCUAGUAUUACAUACUCUUUUCCUGAUGCUGAAUCACUCGCCUUGAAUGUAUUAUUAAUUAAAAAUAGAUUCCUCGAAGAAAUAUCGAGAUCUUCGCCGAUAAUCUUAAAUAUAAUAAUUUAGAUAAAUCACUCUUAUAUCUUAAUCGCUAAUAAAUGCAAAAGAAAUCUAGUAGUAGCUUUAAUCUAAUUAUCGAGCUUUUGAUUUUACAAAAAAAAAAAAAAAGAAUUACAAGAACGAAUAUUAAGAUAACGAAUUACUACGUUUUUUACAAUUAUCUUUAUUCGCGUUGCAAGGAAAAUUUUAAAUUUAAAAUACUUCUUUUCUCACGUUUAAAUUUGCAUUGCUCGAUUCAGGAACGUACAUACACACGUGCAUACAUAUAUUAGGAACGAAGAAAGAGGCGCCAUACAUAUCGAGCAACGGAUCCAGUAGUUGAAACGAGAACUGUUCUCGAACGAUUUUGCGAAUCAAUUAUUGAUCUACGAUCUACAAUCUAUUUACAAUAAGAUCUCCCACCACCAUCGCCGGUCGAGAUAGCGCACGUGCGUAUGCCCGGACAUCAGCACAUCGCAUCCAUGCAUAUGAGCGGUCGAAGUGCCGACAAACGAACUAAAGCUUCUUUUAUCAGUCGGCCACGACCGUGUGAGGCAAACAGUUGAGUACGCGCGGCGGUGGUGCGUUUACGGGUGCGAGAACAGGCAACGGCUUCUUCUUUUUCCUCGUUUCCCGUUUUACCGCGCCUUUGUGCAUUCCCUUCCUCCGAGCAACAUUUCCACAACGCUGGAUCGAUCAUUGAUCACGAUCCUCCGUCACCGCACGACGAAACCAACUUUCCGUUUCGGCUCACGUACAACUGAUCGAGAAGAGUCCCGUACGAAAUUGCACGCGACUUCGACAACGAGAUCGGACAGCGACAGAGCAGAAGUGGCAGGGUUAAUCGAAUAUCAAGGAACAAUAAACGCUUUACGAGGAAAUAUCGACACGCUGGCGCAAAUUCUUCAAUAUAUCGUUACUACAUCAAGGCUGACCGAGAUAGGUAGGUCCGACGUGAAAGUAUCUCAGGUCGAUCCCGGACUUUGCCAAUUUCGUAGAGGAUACUACAAGAUCGUCCGCCAACACCGAACUCGAUAUGGUCGUUUCUCCGGUCUCGUCGACUGAACCGGCGCUGUUCAACGUGACUGAUAUAAAAUUAAACGACUGCGCGGAUCACAAUGAGCAUCUAGCAAACAAACUUAAUAACAGGGGAGUUAAGGAUCACGCGUUUACUAUACAGCGAGACGAUAUGUCGAACGGAAAGGAUAAUUAUGCCUUAGAUUUCGACUGCAUAGAGAAGGCGAUCGACAACAAAUUAAAUUCAUCCGCCGACAUCAAAGCGGAACCCGAUAUCGUGAAGAAAGUGGCAGCGGGUCUGAAAAGUCCUAAUGGCCAAAAGAACAAAACGGACAUGUCACUACCCAAUCUCGGUGGUGGAACACUUUCAAGUGGAUGUUCGAUAGUGACGAUCUCUUCCGUCGCAAAUUCAGAUCCCGAUCCUGAGUUCCAUAAUAACACGGAUGGGUUUGGUAACAGCGCAUACAGACGCGAAAGAUGGUAUCAGACCACCCUUCAAGUCGCUGUGCCUUUCUUUAUCGCCGGGAUAGGUACAAUCGGUGCUGGUCUCGUACUCGAGAAUGUCAAGGACUGGCCAGUAUUUCGCACCGUUUCUCAAUUAAUCAUUCUUGUCCCUUCGCUGUUGGGUCUGAAAGGAAAUCUCGACAUGUGCUUGGCAUCGCGUUUAUGUACCCAAGCCAAUCUGGGGAAUAUGCAUGAGUUUCGAGAGAUCGUGAAAAUGAUAAUCGGUAACAUCGCGUUGGUGCAGAUACAGGCGAUUGUCGCGGCCAUUUUGGUAUCAAUUUUUGCGAUUAUUUCCGCGAUAGCAGAAAGUAGCGAGUACAGUUUCGAAUGGAAUCAUUGCCUGUUAUUGGCCGCCUCCAGUGUAUCCACCGCCACGAGUUCUUGUUUUAUUCUAGAUUUUGUGAUGAUUGUCGUCAUCAUAAUCUCAUACCGAUGUAAAAUGAAUCCUGAUAAUUUAGCCACACCUUUGGCUGCCUCCUUCGGAGACGUCGUAUCAAUCAGCAUGCUAUCCACAAUCGCAUCGGCGUUAUUCGAUAGAAUGACUGGUUCUAUACCAUGGAUUUUAUAUAUUAUACUCGGCUGUUAUUUGUUGAUUUUACCAUUUUGGAUUUAUGUAGUGCUCAAGAAUAAAUAUACUAGAAACGUUUUAGCAUCUGGAUGGAUUCCAGUUUUAUCGGCAUUAUUCAUCAGUGGAUGUGGAGGUUUAGUUCUCAGUGGAGUCGUUGACCAUUUCACAGGAUUCGCCAUCUUUAAUCCAAUAAUAAACGGAAUUGGUGGUAAUUUAGUCUCCGUGCAAGCAUCUAGAAUCUCAACUACGUUGCAUCAAACAACGAUUAUGGGAAUUUUACCGCCACACUCGAAAAUAUUCAUUGCCCCGUGGAAGGCGCUCUUUACAGGCACACUAUACGCGAAAACAGCCAGAAUACUCAUUUGUAUGGCGAUUUUCGGUGAACUAAUCUUCAUUUUCGCCGCUGAUUACAUCCAAUGGGGAAAGUCCACUUUACACAUAUACUUCGUAGUAUCUUACAUUGUUAUGGCCGUUCUUCAAGUCAUGUUGUUGCUUUACGUGGCGCAUAUUAUUAUUCACGCUAUGUGGCGAUUCAAGAUAGAUCCGGAUAAUUCCGCCAUACCGUAUCUGACAGCUUUGGGCGAUCUUUCAGGGACGAUAUUUUUAGCAGCAGCAUUUUGGUUUCUCGAAAUGAUACAUCGCGAUUACACAGGCAAAUAGGGAUUAACUGAUGUAGAGAGAAUGAAACAUAAUGAGAAUUUUGUAUAUGAAUUUUUCCUUCGAAUGUGUGUGAUGCAUUAAUUUGAAGGAUGUUAAAUCGUGUCGAAAGAUGUUCGAAAAACGAGACAAGAGAAAACGAAGAUUAAUUAAAAGAGCGAGUGUUACGUGGAAACGAGUACAGUGCGUUAUUGCGGAACGAUCUGAUUGAUCUGAGAGGGACAAAAGAGCACAGAAUUAUUUUUCUCUAUUAAGGGACCAUCUUAAUGAUACGUUAGUCGCGUUAAUUAGUCGCGCACAUUGAACAUAGUGGAUUAGAACAAAAAAAUAUGUCGCUCUUCUUGAAAUAGACAUUAAUAGAAAAAAAAAGUACAAUGACACCGAUUCUAAUAUAACUAGAUCAAGCUUCGUCAUGGUGUAAUUUAUUAUGAUCUAAUGAUCUUACAGUCCCUAUUACAUCAUAGCAAAAAGAAAAAAAGAAAAAAAAGAGAUGAACAUUGCAAGAUAAACAUAUUAACUGACGAUUAUUUAGAGUUAUAAGAUUAAUACAAUUUUUUAUAAGAUUUUAAUUAUGCUUAAUCGAAGAAACAAACUUCAAAAUAUUUUAAAUGUAGUAAUAUAUGAUUGCACCUAGGAGUGCACAUAAGUAUUUUCAACGUAAUCGUAAUAAGCAAAAGACCUAGUCAGUAUUUUAACACUGAUUUAUAAUUGCGUUGUAAGAUCAUAAUAUUAGAAAAAAUUAAUUUGUACUAUGGUACAUAUUAUUUUUAAAGUAGAAAUUAUAUUUGCAAUUUGCAGAAAUUUAAAAUAGAAUGCUUUGUAAUAAUAGAUAAAAUUAACUUUAAAAUACUUUUAUUAUUAAUAUUAGAAAUUUAAAUAACUUCUUGUCAUAAUAGAACAACAAAAAAUAAUAAGCUUUAAAUAUUUUAUAUAUUGUAACAAAAUAUUUCUUUUCCUUCAAUUAUGAGUUAAAAUUUUAAAAUUAAAAAGUAUUUCUGAUUAAACAAUCAAUUUGAGAUUAUCAGAAUUAUAUAUUUAUAUAUUUUACAAAAACAUGUAUUGAUUGAUUUUGUAAUAACAUAUAAUUUGUAUAAUUUAGCAUAAUUUACCGAAAGCAAUUUAAACAAAGUACAUGUUCAUUAAAUGAUAUUGAACAAUGUACUAUGUUUUUAGUUCCUUAAAUAGUAUUAUAUAAUAGUAAUAUACAAAUCUUAAUGAAAAACUUUGCAUAGCGACCUGUGAUUUAAAAUGAUAGCUCUUAUAAAUAAAAUAUGUAAAGAAUUUUAUUCUUUCAAAUAAAAGUUUAUAUUUCUAAA